AUAUAAAAUCGACUUUCUCAUCACUAUUAUAAAACAUUACGCCGGUUGUGCUCUGAAAGCUAAGAUUUUUUUUUUGUUAAUAUUAGCAUCAAAUAAUUAACUUGAAAGUGGUAUCUGUUUUGCUUGCAGUUUGGGAAGAAUUAACUGUGCAAAAUGAUUAGCGACGUUCAACUGGCUAUCUUUUCCAAUGUUUUGGGUGUUUUCCUAUUCCUUUUAGUGGUAGCUUACCACUAUAUCUCAGCCAACUCUAACAACAUGGCGAAGACAAAAUAAAAAUAUGCUUAAAUACAUAGC